GCCUCUGGACUCCGUGCCAUGAAUCGCGUUCCUUCGCCGGGUCGAAUCCCUGCCCUUUCCCCUUACGGUGUCUUCGGUUCGCAGCGUGGGAGCUGCACUGGCCUGCAGAGUGCGGCCUUCCCUUUCCCGCGGCCCCGACUUCUCUGCUGCUCUGGUGCCUCUGUGUCCCGCCGGCACAGAGAGUGCGCUCCGGGAGGCUGGGGGGUGCAGCCCGGCCGGGAGGCUGCAGACAGGAGACUGCACUGUGCGUGUGGCCGGGGAGGGGGCACCGCCUGUGCCUGGAGGGGUCUUGUGUGGAGAGCAAGGUCCCCACUGACACUUUCUCCUUAAACCAAAAGAACAUUAACUGUCCCUUGGGGAGGGCCCGGGCUGCCCGUGCUCAGCGCCUCCGGGACGCUGCAGCUGCCUGGGGCUCUUGUGUGGUGGCCUGGUGGUGUGAGCGUCACUGCUGCCCCUGGCCCCAGUUCCUCCUCAGUUUCCUGGAGUGCCUUUCACAUGUGCUGGGCUCAGAGCAGUCACACCCGUCCGUGGGACACACCAGCCUGGAGUCAGCACAGAGCCCUGAGUCCUGUCUCCCCGGCCGCCGCAGGAACAUGCUGGUGUGGAAACCGUGAGGCAAACGUAUUUGCUGACCGGAGCGCUGCAGGUGCUGCCUCGGGCAGGAAGCCUCGCUGUGGCCGCCGGGGCCGUGAUGCCGUGACCCACAGAGAUGGUCGUGGUAAGUCCACACCUCCAGCAUUGGGCCCGGGGUGGAUGCUGAGCUCCAGGGAACCCAGAGCUUCUCUCCCAGCACCUGCCACCCAGGCAGGACUUCCCUCAAUGGCCUGCGGCAGCAGCACCCUCUGGGCAAGCAUAUCCGCUGGAAUGGAACCGCUGCAGCAGGUUCUGCAAAAGGCGAAAGCAGUUGCGCUGUACUAUUCGGGGUCCCUGUGGGCACUGAAGCAAUUUGUCACCACAGGCAGGACAGAUGCGGAGACCGAGUAUAGCCAGGAGGCUCCAGGUGGAGCCCCCUUUGCGGGUCUCAUCAAUCAAGGCCUCACCUGCUACCUCAACGCCCUCCUGCAGUGUCUCUUUCUGACGCCUGAAUUCCGAGACAGGAUCCAGGAGAAGCCUUGGGCCUCCCAGCCCGAGCAGGCUCUUGGCCAGAUCUUCAGGGGGCUGCAGAGGCGGUGUGGACCUGUGCCAACGAAUGCCCUCACCACCUGCCUGGGUCUGCACGGUGAGUGGACAUUGGGAGGCUCAGGGACAGGGCACCAGGCAGAGGUGGAGCCCAGACCCUGAGAUCCCACGAAGGGCUGCGUGUCCCCCUGAGGGGUCUGCACCACCCCUGACCCGGUGCCACCGGGGAGCAGCAUUCAGCGAAAGUUGGGAGAAGGCGGUUGCAAGAUGGCCAGAGGCCUGCGUGGGGUGGGUUCCAGGGAAGAGUCAGGAGCAGAGAGGCUGACCCAUGGCUGGGGCGGACCUCUUUCCUGGACACCUCGGCAUACAGUCUGUGACUCACCUGCCCAAGAAGCAUCCUGGGGCUUCGCACCGUUGGGAGGGGAGGAAGCGGGACCUUGGGGAGUCACCAAUGUAACCCAGGCGUGUGCUGGCCCGAGGAAGACACUGCUGGGAGUGUCUAGACAAUAGGAGCCCUCUCAGCCACCCGGGGCUGGGACACUGCGGUCCAUGAGCUGAUGGUGGCAGCAAUCGCCAAGUGUGGGGGGUGUUGUCAGGAGACUGGGGGUAGGGCUAAGGGACACUCACUCCGUCAGCAGGAGGGACGUCCACCUUGUGCCAGGCUGGGUUUAGAGACUCUGCCAAGGAGAAAUGUCCACACUCUAGAGGGUGGGUCAGAGGGAAGGGCCAGUGGCCAGGCUACAGCCGGGCCCCACCCCAGGCCCCAGGGACAGCUGGGCAGUCAGCCUGUCAUUCCAGGGCUGACUCAGAGGCUGGGCCUGAGGGUGCUCCACUGCCCAGCCAGGCUGUCCCUGUUGCUCUCUGAGUGCCCAGUGCCGCUCCUGAAGUUGGCUCAGGGCCGAUUUGCUGAAGGAAUGAGUGAAUCAGUGAACGGACAAAGGAGUGAACAAAUGCUGGAGCUUGGCCUGGGGCCCCUGGUCAGGAGGGGAGGGCAGAGCAGGAGGAGAAGGUCAGAGCAGGAGGGGAGG